AUGCCAUCUAUAUUUUUGCUCAUUGGUCCUCUCAUUCUACUGUUACCUCGGUUCAGUGCUGCAGAAGGAUGUGUUAUUUGUGAUUAUUUUGUGCUUGUUGGAGAGCCUACGGCUGUUACUUGCCCAGUACUUACAUUGCCAGUGCUUCACUCUGAUUACAAUCUGACAUGGUAUAAAAACGGUAGUGCUACACCAGUAACCACAGAGAGAAGUGCCAGGAUCCACCAGCGAGGGGACUUGCUUUGGUUUAUUCCUGCAGUGCUGGAAGAUUCUGGACUUUAUGAAUGCAAUGUAAGGAGCUUUAACCAGUCUAACAAAAAAACAAUAAACUUAACAGUUUUUAAGAAUGACAAUGGUUUGUGUUUCAAUGGAAAAAUGAAGUUUGAACAAAAAGUGAUGAGCACAAAAACUGGAAAGAUUAUAUGCCCUGAUCUAGAACAGUUUAAAGAUGAAGACAAGAAUAAGCCUGAAGUACAUUGGAAUAAGGAGUGUAAGCCUGGAUUUCUUGAAGAUAAGAGACUUCUUUUGGCAGAGGGUGAAAAUGCUGUGUUGAUUCGUAACGUAAGUGUACAAGACAGAGGAAACUACACAUGCCAUAUGGUGUAUACCUACAUGGGAAAACAGUAUAAUGUUUCAAGGACCAUAAGUUUGGAGGUUAAAGAAAAACCACUGCAGAUACAACCAGAGUUUAUUUAUCCGAAGAACAAUACAAUUGAAGUAGAACUUGGCUCUCAUGUAGUUAUGGAAUGUAACAUAUCAAGUGGCAUAAAUGGCUUGAUUCCAUUCUGGCAAGUUAAUGAUGAGGAUGUUGAUAUCUUUGAUAGCACCUACAGGGAACAGUUUUAUGAAGAGGGGUUGCCCCAUGGACUUGCUGUAUCUGGAACAAAAUUCAACAUUUCAAAAGUGAAAGCAAAGGAUUAUGCUCACAAAUUUUUCUGUCACUUCAUAUAUGGUUCUCAACAAUUUACAGCCUACAUCAAAUUGGAAUGCCCAGCUCGAAACAUUCAGGGUUACUUAAUUGGAGGAGGAGUUUCCUCGGUAUUUUUAGUGUUUAUUGCUCUCUUUCUCUACAAGAUCUUCAAAAUUGAUAUUGUGCUUUGGUAUCGGGACUUGUGCCAACCCUUCUUGGGCAAAAAAGUUUCAGAUGAGAAGAUCUAUGAUGCUUAUGUUCUGUAUCCAAAGAACAGAGAGAACUGCUCAUAUUCAUCGGAUAUUUUUGCUCUGAAGAUACUACCAGAGGUCUUAGAAAGACAGUGUGGAUAUAACCUCUUCAUAUUUGGGAGGGAUGAUUUACCAGGAGAAGCCUCAAUCAGUGUUGCUGAUGAAAAAAUCCGCCAAAGUAGAAGAGUGAUACUUGUUUUAGUCCCAGAGCCCUCCUGUUACAGUGUUCUGGAAGAUGUGUCUGAGAAGCAGCUAGCCAUGCACAACGCUCUUAUCCAAGAUGGUGUUAAAGUCAUUCUCAUUGAACUUGAAAAAAUCCAAGAUUAUGCAAACAUGCCAGAAUCCAUCAAAUAUAUUAAGCAGAAGCAUGGGGCUAUCCGAUGGAAAGGAGACUUCUCACAAAGGUCUCACUCAGCAGGGACCAGAUUCUGGAAGAAAGUGCGCUACCAGAUGCCAUCCAGAAAAAGUGGAUCUUCCCCGGGAUUGCGUUUGUUACCAAAAGACUUGAGUUUGCCUUAA